UUCGCAGAUUUAUUUUGAAAAAAUCCUAUGUUGCUAUGAUUACUUGGGGAUGUCCGUGAGAAAUUUGAAUGGUCAUAACACUGCGUGGUGUCUUUCAUGUGAUGCGGACUGCUUCGCUGAAGAGGCCUCGAAACUUGGUCACUGUAUAAAUGAAUCGCACACGAAUAAAGAACUCUCGCUGGUCUAGUGGUGCAUGCGCGAUGUCGAGUUCAAGAAUGGCUUCGUGACACCUCGUUUCACCACUAAACAGCCAAAGACCCAUAUUUGGACCUUGGUACCGAAACCUGAUGACUGAUAGUAUGUCAACGAAUCUUAUUCUCAUUAUGCCAUUGUGGAUGAUUUCUAUGACAUGUGCUUUAGGCGGAGGCCAAGCAAUUGAAUAUCUCAAUGACCCACCUUAAGACACCAGAAUACAUAAACGGCCCGAAAGCGCGUUCUCAUCAUGUACACCCCAAAUUCUUAUUAUCGUCACAAUACUGUCACCGAUUCCUGUACUGCAACCAAUAUCAAGCUAAAUAUCGAAAUUCUGCUGCAAAAAGUUAUUUGAGAAUGGUGUUCAGUGCUGCGUGACGGUCAACUCCAAGAAGGAGUAUCCCCGCACUAUCAAUACGCUUUGACCUUGAUGUCCACCACACUUUCCCAGGACUAGACUAGCAGCCCGAAGCUAUCCUCUAUGCACUCUUCUAUGCAUGUGUCCCCCUUCUCGAGUUUGCUCUUAUACCUCUUGUGAUCACUUGCGUGUCUGCUUACGUUCCGACAUCUUUCCUCUCUCUUGGCUGGCAUCGUAAAGAGAUCAAUUUUUCUUCACGGUCUCUUAGAAAAUCCUCGAAACCUACAAGUAGCUCCAGUAUAGUUUCGAACUUCGCUGUCCUCGCAAGCUAUCAUGGAAUCAACUAACCGGAUACCGGAUACCACUCCAGGAUUGGCAGACGACGAUAAGGACAAAACAAACGCUGCUGUAACGGUCCGCAAUGGAAAUGGAAGUGAAGGCUCAGUUGAGGGUCUGGAAUCACCACCACUUCGUUGGAAACUCAUGGCAAUUGUCCUCGUUACCGCAAUCGGGUUUGGAUCCCAGUGGAGUUCUGGCAUUACGUCCGCUAUGAAGAGUACUAUCAAGAAAGAGAUGAAGGUCAACAACAAGCAGUUUGCAUUGCUGGAAGCUAGCGAGGAUUUCAUGGUGACGGUGUUGAUGCUGUUCAGUGGCGUGGUUACUGAUAGGAUUGGCGGCGCGAAUGCCAUUCUUUACGGUAAUAUAAUUUAUUCCGUGGGAUCAAUUCUUGUUGCAGGGGCGGCACAGACUCGAUCGUACAAGUUCAUGAUCGGCGGACGAGUCAUCCGCGCUCUUGGAGAUAUCGCCACCCAGGUCGCUCAAUACAAAGUGUUUUCUUCCUGGUUCGCACCUGGAAACGGGUUCGCAUCGACUUUGGGUUUUGAACUGGGAAUUGGGAAAAUCGGUGCGUUUGCUGGAAAGUCUUCAGCCAACAUCAUCGCGAAGCGAACGGGCGAUUUCGCGUGGGUGUUCUGGAUUGCGGUGUUUAUGAAUCUAUUCACCAACGUGAUGACGGUUCUGUUUUACUGGUUCACGAGGAUAGCCAACAAGAGAUUUCAGGGUACCGUUGAUCCUGCGACGGGCGAACAACUAGCGGAAAAGUCUAAGAAACUUGAACUACGUAAAGUCUUGCAGCUGCCAUGGACAUUUUGGGCCGUCAUGGCCUUCUCGAUGUUCCAGACUAGCGCUUCCAUUGUCUUUCUACAAAACGCGACGGAAUUGGCUGAGCAGCGAUUUGGAACCACUUCCAUCGUAGCAGCAUGGUACUCUGCUACUGCACAAUAUGCUGGCUUCUUCUUCGUUCCCCUUUUGGGGGUCUUCAUAGACCUUCUUGGACAGCGCAUUACAGCAUUGGCUGUCUGCGGUAUCCUAAUGUUCUUAGCCAUGUCAUUGGUAUGCUUCGCAAACACUGUUCAAGGCACGGCAGCGAGCUUUGGCGUUUUCGCCUUUGCAGUGAACUUGGGCCCCACUCCCAUCAUUGACAGUAUUCGGACUUCUAUGUUCGAUUCAUCUGUUUUUGGAACCGCUUACGCUCUCAAAAUCACCAUGAACAAUGCCAUGAACAUCAUUGUUCGAAUAGUCACUGGUGUCAUUCAAGAUCACGACAAAAACUCCUAUGACCGCGUGACGAUAGUAUAUGUCGCCUUAGUAGGAGCGGCCGUCGCAGUGUCGAUUGCCUUAUUGGGUCUAUCAUGGAAAUUUGUUGACCUUCGCCAGCUGCAGUGGUCGCGCAAGUUGCGCAUUACCCGUAGGAAUAUCCUGAUUGAUAGGAAAGAGGUUUUCGACAAGGGUAGUAAGAUUAGCAGGACAAUCUCCUUGGGAUGUUUUGUAGCUUUGCUGGUUCUUACUUGCGGGAGCUGGUGCGCGUACUUCUGGGGAGUCGCGACGGGGAAACAUUAACGAAUCAUGCAUUCGUGGAGUUAUUUGAUAUAUCUGUAUUUAUAGAAGCGCGACGGUUGUGUGACUCUCUGCAUUUCGCCCAGCUUUUGCAUUGUUCUACUGCGCACGAUCUGACACAUUGACAUGGGGCCAAAAGUAUCACUUUCAUUUUGUGGAUGGUUCCCUCUCUUUCCUCAU